GCAUCAUCAUUUAUUCCCAUCCUAAAAAAAAAAAAAAAAUGCCAUUGUCAUCCACGUUGCCGUUUCCCAUUUCCUUUGCAGUCCUAACCGACUCUUACAAGGUGACGCACCCUCUUAUUUAUCCCGAGGCACAAAAGAUGGUUGCCUAUGGGGAGGCGCGUCACGGUUAUGACAAAGACACAGAAGACAGCCGUAUUGUCGUCUAUGGCAUCCGCCACUUUAUUGAAAACUAUGUUGCUAAGCAAUGGACUGAAGAGGACGUUAUUCAAGCAGAGUUGUUCUUCAGUACACACAAUGCAGGAUUCACCCCCUUUCCUUUUCCAAAAGAUCUUUUCAUGAAGAUUGUUCAUGAGCAUAAUGGCUACUUCCCUGUUAAAAUCGAGGCUCUUCCUGAAGGGUUUGUGGCACACCCACAUGUUCCAGUCUUCCAGAUCUUUGCAGAGGGCGAGAUGAGUCGAUUUGUCACAUUCUUGGAGACAAUAUUGACCAUGAUAUGGUACCCCAUGACUGUUGCGACACUCUCUCGACGCUCCAAGGAUAUUAUCAAAGCUGCGUACGAGAAGAGUGUGGAUGAGGCCAAUUUUUGGUCACUGAACAGCCGUUUGCAUGAUUUUGGAUUCCGAGGCUGCACCAGUGUUGAUCAAGCUAUCCUAGGGGGCUCUGCACAUUUGCUUAACUUCACAGGAACAGAUACGAUGGCGGCCGCAUUCCAUGCUCAGUUUUAUCUCAACAGAGGCGAACCUAUUGCCAGCUCAAUUCCCGCGAGUGAGCAUUCUGUGAUGAUGGCGUUCAAGACCGAAAAGGAGGCCAUGGAGGCUAUGAUUGAGCAAUUCGGGGACGGCAUUUAUGCCUGUGUGAUGGACUCGUAUGAUUACCAAUAUGCAUUGGAUUCAGUCUUACCUGCGGUUGCGAAAUUCAAAGUCGAUAAGAGUGCCAAUGGCUUCUUGGUUCUUCGCCCAGACAGUGGGGAUAUUGUGGAUGCUGUUUUGGCGGGAUUGCGCGCUGCUGACAAGGUGUUCGGUUCUGACAAGAAUAAGAAAGGCUACAAGGUUCUCCGGGGGUGUGGUGUCAUUCAAGGAGAUGGCGUAAGCUAUGAAUCCCUACGCCGUAUCUUGGAUGCAACCCUGGCGGAGGGCUACGCUGCUGAAAAUGUAGCCUUCGGUAUGGGUAGUGGCCUCUUGCAAAAGCUUAACCGUGAUACUAUAUCUUUUGCGACCAAGUUAUCUCAUAUCACAUACGCUGAUGGCACUCCAAGAGAUGUCAUGAAGCAUCCAAAGGAUGACGCUGGCAAGAUCAGUUUGCCUGGCAUUCUGGAUGUCUAUACCAACGAGGGAGGUAAAUUAACGGUUGGUCCACGCAGGGCAGAUGGCGUGCCACAUCCUAAGAACCACUUGAAGGUCGUCUAUGAUCAUGGUAAAGUUCCAAAAGCUGACACAAGCACUCGUCAAUUUGGGACGCAGACUGUUCAGGACAACAAGUAUAUCCUGUCCGAGAGCGAGGGUUUGUCAGCCUGGGAGACAUUUGGAGAAAUCCAGAAGCGACUUGAAUCUUUGUGGGAGAAUCAGCCAAAGGUUUUGAAUCCUAUCAGUCCAGAGUUGGACAACAAGAUUAAGCAUGCCCUGAGCACAGACGAACCCAAAAAGGAAAAGUAGUGUAGAUAAUUGCGAUACUCGAGUGCAUUUCAUGGGUUGAGGCAAAUAAAUGGAUGAACAAAAAAGCAAGUUAAGCAAUAGACAACCG